GUGACUAUAAAAGAAUAAUGAAUGAAAUUGCCCGAAGACUCGAGAAUUCAAAGCAGAUGACUCAGUCUACGCAUGUGAUUUCCGGCCUGGCAAGCCAAGAUGGAUAUUUGGCUGUAUUAAAAAAAGACGUAGGACCGUACUGUAUGAAGUGAUGGUCGAAAAUACACUAAUUAUUAGACACAUCAAUCAACUGCGAGACAGAAAAAAUGUUUAUGAGUCAUCUAAACCCAAAGUUUUACCAAUGGAAGUAUUAUGUGAUAUAUUUAAUAUCCAAUCGCCACUACAAGUUGAAAUGAGAAAAAAUGAGCUGAAAUCAGAAGUUAAACGAAGAUCAUCAAGGGAAUGAAAACAAAAGAGAUCUUUUCAAAUAGACCCAAAAGUGAAGUGUCAUACAACCAAACUUCGCGAGGGAGGUGAUGUGUGGUCGAGGAUGAUCAUGAUUGGUUGUCUGCUUAGUCAGACAUGUAGAUAGUCUGACAUGUGUCAGAUGAGUUAUAUAUUCCUUUAUUCUUAUCAUUGCAACACACUUAUUAUUGUUUGUUCAUUGUUGUGGAUUGUGACGGGUUUUGGUGUGCAAAUAUAUUUACGUUGUGGUCAGGUUAAUUACAUGUUCUUGAUCUUAGUUGUGUUGACGUCCUGUAGAGUAGACACUGGGAGGGGUCUAGUGUAGAUAAUCAUUUAAGGUAAAUCAACGUCUCAUACGUGUACGUGGAAACCCAACCGUUAUAACAUUAGACGAAGUAAAUCGCGAGCGUUAUAACAUUCAUUCCCAUACGUUCUAUAGAGUGAAGCACAAAAAUAAGGUGUUCAUAAUACUGAUUGUAUAUGCUAUAUAGUGUAGCUGAAUUUCAUUUCUUUACUCUUUCCCAAAUGUUGCAAACUUUCGAGUUGAUUGGAAAGACACUCGACUCUGUAUAGUUACAUGUCUCCAUGACGCCAUUAUACUACGUGUUAAUUUCUACAGUCUGGUAUUUUAAAUAAAAUUAAAUAUUCCUCUAAACAAUAGUAGUUGGCCUAAAUGAAUUUGAACACUCCUCCUGUUCGAUCGUUUAUUUAGUUUUCAGUUUCAAAUUUUCCAUAAACUUGUGUUUAAAUAUAUUUUGUAUAUAUUGGUUUGACAUCGCAAAAGUUAGACUUCAGAAUUUGAGUAUAUGGAAGAGAAAAGCAAUUCAAGUGUUUUCGUGGCCUCCUUAUCAAAAGAUGUAAAGAGUUGGAAAUAUCGUAACAACCAUUCCAAGUUUAUCACCUCAACUCCAAUUAAUUGUCAAAAUCAUCGGAAUAUUUCAUCCGUAAAGCAGGUGAGACCUUGUAGUCGAUUCUAAAAGCUGUGUUAAGUAAAUGUUUUGUCACUUAAUGUGAUAUAUUAAUCCCUUUACAUCCUCGUUUAAGGGUGUAUGUUGAGCUUUUUUCUAAGAUGAUAAUAGAUAGAGUUCUUCCAGAGUUGUCCAGCAUUCAUUUUUUAAGCUAAUUCUGCAUAGUGCAGAUCCGUGUACUUGAUAUCCAAACACACUCUAAGGGAAGAAAGGUUGUCAAGAUUCUAAUUCUUAUGGAAAGCUUCAUUGAUAAGUAGCAUCGUAACUACUUAAUGAUGUAAUCGGCUCAACAAUAACAUGGAAUGUUCAAUAGGAUUAUCCAGAUGCAACAGUAUGAAUUAAAGUAUGUGGGAGAAAAAUAUCCACUUGGUCUUUCAACAGCCUGAAGUGUUGACACAUAAUUGAGCCACUUUCUUAUGCCAUUUCAAAGUGACGUAUCAUCUUGAGUACAUUUAAAGAGAGGAAAGUUCAAAAACCUAAAGGGUAGGAGGAGGUUUAGUAUAUAAUGCUAUAAUGAUGAAAUUUUUGGAUGUCUAUUUCAGGUCUGGUCUGGAAAGCCGAUACGUUGAUAUCCAGGCACAUCUAACUGACAAUUCUGUAAUGGAAAAAAAUAUGUGUUCUGAACCCCACUGGAAAUAAUAUUAAGGUAUGCAAUAGUGAAUAACUAAAUCACUGUACUUUUCCCAAAAUUUCAAUGCUUAUUCAGUCAACAUGCUAAUUUCUGUUGUCGCUGAAAUACGUCAUGCAUAACUCCACACUCAAGUUAGAGCAGUAAAAAAAAAUUAAAUUCAUUUUGGUAAUGAAAUGAUUUGAAGAAGAAAAUACUUAAGUCAGCUAAAAAUUUAAAGCUUAAAUAAGAUGAUACACUGUUUAGAGAAAAAAGUGGAUAAGUCUCUAAUUGCCGGUUUUAUUUGCCUUACGUAACCCAACCACAAAGCUUACACUUCUGUGUACAAAUCAAAUCGCUAAUGAGGGACUUUGACUUGACAUGUGUGUAUAUUAAAUUCAAAUGACAAAACAGAAUUCUAUUUUCGGUAUUUUUCUGUCAUGUUUCGAUCUCUAUAGGAACUAGUAUGUAUUGCUAAAAUGCCCCAUUCUAGAACUAAACACUCGUUCAGUACUUUUCAGUUUGGAUUAUCGUUUUGAUUAAUAGAGGUAUCAUUAAGAGAAUAGCUGCAUAAAAUUUGUUAACUUCGUAGAACUGUCAAUUUCUAAAACAAUGUGUUGUUUAUUCUUUUUUAAUUUAACACUUAGGAAUCGAGGAUCUCGUUUUCAAUAAAUGAACGCCUAACAAAUUUAUUAAAUAAAAUUCUUCCUUUAAAAAAGAAAUGGAGCACAAAUUUCCAUCAGUCAUGUAUUGUUUUCACAAAUCUGGCUUCAAAUAUUUGUAAAAUCUUAUCAGGUAUGUUUGAACACAUAAUUAUUCCAUUUUGAAUCAUGCCUUGUACUACACGUAAGUAUUCUUGUCCUAACCUGAUCAGAAUCUUUAGUUUAAAAGUUUUAGAUGUUUCCCGUAGAUUCUGACCGUUUUGACAUGAGACUUCGUUUACGUAAAUCCACAUCAAUAUUCCUCGGAAUCCGUCGUAGGAGUUCAUUUGUUUUGGCAGUCAUAUCUUCCCGAUUCAUCCUUAAAUUAAGGUCAUAUUUAGGUUUUAAAAUUAUCGGUAAAAUUGAUGUGACUUACGUUGGCAUCGUUUAUCCCUCCAUGACGUUACAUUGGUCGCAAAAGUUCUGAGUAACUAGUUCUACAUUAAGGCAAUACUUUGCCUCAUAGUUAGAUUGAAUAAAAUCGAAAGCCGCACAUCUUGCCUUUUUAGGUUGACAAUGUGAUCAUAUAGAGCCCUGACUAGGAUGUCGGAGAAUUUCAAAAUGGUAUAAUACUCAGCAAGUAACCUAUAAUUCUCCAUAUAUCAAUCAUUUAUAACCAACACUGAUGAGUAAUCAGUGAAGCAAGAUUUGAUUAGCUACUGGAUGUGAAUGUACAGACAGAUUUUUAACUCCUUAAAUAUGUGGUUUCUUUUCUAUCAUUGCUUUCUACUCUUUACUUAUUGAAUGUAGACUGCUUGUGUGUUGAGUAAAAUAUCAUCUAGCCUAUAUUCUGCAAUCAAUCAUAGAGAAAUGCCCAAGAAAGGACCUCAUCAUUCUGAUGGGAGAUCUAAACGCCAAAGUCGGGAUAGACAACACCGGAUAUGAAGAUAUCAUGGGACGACAUGAACUGGGGGAGAGAAACAAAAAUGGGGAAAAUUUUGAAAAUCUGUGUGCAUUCAACAAAUUGGUCAUAGGUGGCACAAUAUUUCCACACAAACGUAUACACAAAGCUACAUGGAUCUCACCGAACUACACCACAGAGAACCAGAUUGAUCAUGUUUGCAUCAACAAAAAAUUCCGAAGGACAAUGGAAGAUGUGAGAACCAGGAGAGGUGCUGACAUGGCUUCAGAUCACCACCUAGUUGUAGCCAACUUAAAACUGAAGCUAAAAAAGAACUGGACAACUGGACAAACAGCAAUACAAAGGUUCAAUACAGCCUUCCUUCGAGAUACUGACAGACUCAAUGAAUUCGAGAUAGCUCUCAACAACAGGUUCUAAGCCUUACAGGAUCUACUGAAGGAAGAAGGAACUACUAUGGAGGACAACUAGAAAGGUAUCAAAGAAGCAUUAACUUCAACGUGUCAAGAGGUUCUGAGUCUAAAGAAGCACCACCAUAAAGAAACACUGGACAAGAUCAAAGAAAGGAAAAACAAGAAGGCAGCAAUUAACAACAGCCAAACACGAGCAGCAGUCUCUGCAUCAGUGGGCCUCAGCAUACACAAAGGGAAAACCAAGGUCCUCAAAUUCGAAGCGGAGAACGGCAAUCCAAUCACUUGAUGGAGAAACUCUGGAAGAUGUAGAAUCCUUCACAUACCUGGGAAGCAUCAUCGAUGAACAAGGAGGCUCAGAUGCAGACGUUAAGGCAAGGAUUGACAAAGCAAGGACCGCAUUCCUACAAUUGAAGAACAUAUGGAACUCAAAACAACUUUCAACCAAUAUCAAAGUGAGAAUCUUCAAUACGAACGUCAAGGCAGUUCUACUGUAUGGAGCUGAAACUUGGAGAACUACAACAACCACCAUCAAGAAAGUACAAGUAUUUAUAAAUAGCUGUCUUCGCAAGAUACUCAACAUCCAUUGGCCGGAUACCAUCAGCAACGGCCUUCAAUGGGAGAGAACAAAUCAGCUUCCAGCUGAAGAAGAAAUUAGGAAAAGACGAUGGAAAUGGAUAGGACCUACAUUACGCAAAUCGUCAAACUGCAUCAUGAGGCAAGCCCUAACCUGGAAUCCUGAAGGGAAACAGAAAAGAAGAAGGUCAAAGAACACAUUAAGUUGGGAAACAGAAGCAGAUAUGAAAAGGAUGAAUAACAAUUGGAAGGAGCUGGAAAGGACUGGCCAGGACAGGGUUGGAUGGAGAAUGUUGGUGAGCGGCCUAUGCUCCUUCACGAAGAGUAACAGGCGUAAUUAAGUUCAUCAUCCUUUGAGAAUCAUGAUGAUUUUGUCACUUAUGGAUUGUGCAAUCUAUAUUUAAAUGAUAAUUUAGAACAAAUGACAAAACUUCGUGAUGGUCAAAUUUUGGAAACCUAUUAUGAUAAACUAAAUGAAUGUAUAAAAAAUAUGGAAGAUUGUGGCGUACAGCUAAAGUCUAUGCUAGAUCAAUUGAAUGCUUUGAGAAAUCUAAGUCAAAAUGAAUCAAUUUACCAGCAGUAUGCCACAUGCCAGUCGACAUUAGACUCAUCCGUCAAGAUAAAAAGUGGUUCUACACUAGAUGGUAACAGUUUGUCUACUUUAAAUUCUACUCGCUCACGUCCAUCAACAUCAUUAAAACAACAAACACAACAACGAAAUUUAAGUGGAACUUACCUAUACGAAGUAUUGAACAUUGAAAUAAAUGGACUAAUCAAUCAAAUUGAACGUGAUUCAAGCAUUCGGAAAUAUUUAGUGAAAAUUAUAUUACCUAGCACUUCACAUUACUUUCGAGUGAAUACUACUGUUCAGGAUAAUUUCAAUGUUGUCCUAUUAAAAUUUGUGUCAAUUUGGCGUCAUUUUGGACAAUAUGUUUCAUGGUUUGCUGUUAUAUCAAUGUCUGAGCAUAUUUUGAAAACUCUCAAAAAUACAGACUGAAUGAAUUCAUAUAGAAUCAUGUAUAUAUUUAUACACCUUUUUUGUCCAAGAAAUGAGUAUAUUAUUUUUGCUGCGUUAGACGUUUUCAUUUUCACACCACAUUCGAUUGGCAUGACUGUCAUUAGAAUAUAUUUAGACACAGUUUUCAUCACAAGACAACAGUCCUUGAAAAAUUAGGAGUUACUCCAUAC